GAAAUGGACAAGUUUGAAUCCCUUUUAACUCGUUUGGAGAGGGUAACUCACCAUCUGGAGAUGGCAGUCCCUACAAAGAUUGAACCAUUUGCGCCCAACGGUGACAUCGACAACAGCCUGACACUGAAGGACUUCAGUGACAUCGUGUCAGGACCUUUAGCAGAAUAUUUAACUUUGAGUUCUAAGAUUGGGGGAGACGUUGGAGAGCAGAGUGGGCUUUUACGCGAAUGUUUCAUAUCUCAACAACGUUUGUUGGAGCUAGUUGUUUCACAUCCCAAACCUUCUGACUCUGAAUUGAAGGAUCUCAUCCGAAGACACUGCGAACCAAUAAGUGCUGUCGUUGAGUUUAAAGAUAAACGAAGAAGUAGUCCCCAUUUCAACCACAUAUCUGCUGUUGCUGAAUCUGCCGUAGCCUUGGGCUGGGUUGGCGUGUCCCCGGCCCCUGCGCCAUAUGUGAAGGAUAUGCAAGAAGCCGCCCACUUCUUCACUAAUCGUGUUCUCAAAGACAACAAGGACGCAAAUCCGGAUCACAUUGCUUGGACGAAAGCGCUCAUGUUGAUAUGGACCAAUCUUCAGACUUACAUCUGCAAACACUUUAGGACUGGACUCGUGUGGAACGAGAAUGCCCAGACAGAAGUAUCCAAAUCAGCGCCCACAGGACCACCCCCUGUCCCACCGAUGCCUGCGCCUGGUACGACAACGAGUCCGGUUCAAUCGGACAAUCUGGACUCUCGAGGAGCUCUGUUUAAGCUACUGAACCAAGGUGAAAAAGUUACCGCUGGAUUGCGCAAAGUGACCGACGACAUGAAAACGCACAAAAACCCAGCGUUGCGUGCUGCAUCUGGCGCUGAACCUGCCCCCGCAGUUGCAGCGAAACCAAAGUCUGCCGCAGUGGCUACGGCGAAACAACCUCCUGUCCUUGAGUUACGCGGUAACAAAUGGGUGGUUGAGAAUCAAGACAAGCAGCAAUUGGCCAUCACUCAGACGCAGCCCAAGCAAUCGGUUUAUGUGUUCAACUGCGUGGAAUGUACUCUGCAGAUCAAGGGGAAAGUCAAUUCUCUAAUGUUAGAUAAAUGUAAAAAGACGGGUGCCGUUUUCGACGACAUCAUUGCAUCGGUGGAUGUUGUGAAUUGUCAAAGCGUGCAAGUGCAGUCAAUGGGGAAGCUACAGACCGUCAAUGUGGAUAAGACCGAUGGAUGUCAGAUUUAUCUAAGCGCUGAAUCCAAAUUCGCCGACGUCAUUAUGGCCAAGUCCUCGGAGCUGAACAUCCUGGUCCCGAAACCGGAUGGAGAAUUUGAGGAAUACCCGGUUCCAGAACAAUUUAAAACAAAGUUUACCGGAAAGGGUCUGGAAACAACUCAUACAGAUCCGGCUUGAUUUGAUCACUGACAAAAUGCCUUGGACGGAUUUCUCCUUCUCUGUCCCACCCCAUUACCUUGCUCAUAUUCUCACCUCGUUUUUAAUGCGACGCCAUUAUUUAGUUAACCUGCGUAAGCUUGUGCUUUCUUCUCCUUCGCUUGACAAUUCGAUCGGCAACGCAUUUUUGUUUGCUAUCCUUUUGUUCAAGCAUACUUUGUCUCGCUUGUCCUCCGCGGCUCAUUCAUCGCCGUUUACCUCUUGACUCAAGCAACCUACUUCCAUUGCGCACCGGUUUCGAUAUUCAUGUCGUUCUAUCCCACCAUGUUUUUACUUCAACAAUAUUGUGUCUUUCUUCACGUGCCAAAUUGAUUCUGUUUGUGCUCUCUAUUGCUUACGGAAAACAUCGGGAACAGGCUAUCACUAUGAAUUGAUUUGCCUAUAU